UGGCCAAAAUCGUGCGGUUCUCUCUAUUAAUAUCUCCCCAAAAAUUGAAAUUGGCGACUCAUUACUUCUCUGUUCUCUAGAAUCAUCUUCUUCAUCCUAAAAGAAAUCAUGCCUCGCCGAAGCUCAGGAAGAUCUGCUCCUCGUCCUGCUCCUCGUCCAGCUGCUCGUAACCCUCCUCAGCCAGUUCACCAUGCUCCUCCACCUGCUCCAGUUCAAGCUUCAAGUGGUGGAUCUGUCCUUGGCGGUAUUGGUUCCACUAUAGCUCAAGGUAUGGCUUUUGGAACUGGAAGUGCUGUUGCACACAGGGCAGUGGAUGCUGUUAUGGGUCCUCGUACAAUCCAACAUGAGACCGUUGUUACUGAGGCUGCUGCUUCUCAACCAGCUCCCACUAGCAGCAGUGUUGGUGAUUCUUGUGGAAUCCACUCAAGGGCCUUCCAAGAUUGCUUGAACAACUAUGGAAGCGAUAUUAGCAAAUGUCAGUUCUACCUGGAUAUGUUGAAUGAAUGCAAAAGGAACUCUGGAUCAGUCAUGGGUGCUUAAAGUUGAUGUUCGGCGAUUCAGUUGAAGAAAUUCUUGAAAAUUUAUUGAAGCUCUAGACUUUUCAAAGUGAUGAUCCGUUAUGUAUUAUUUGAUGGGCUGUUGUCUAUUGCUCAACCGCUUUGUUAGAGACAAUCAACUGGUCAGGUUGAUGUUAUAAUUCUUACUUUUAUGGCUGGUGACUGUUUGGACUUUUGUCAUGCUUUAUAGUUGAAUAAGAAUGUCUUUGCGCGUUCAA